UAACCAACCAACAGCUGACGAGUCUCUACCAACCCCAGCCUCUGUAUGGAGUUUAUUGACUGCAUAGCUUGCAAAAUAUCGUACAUUGACUUGUAUGAAUUAGUAAAUUGUAUACUUUUUAAGCUUCAGAGCAGCCUUCCCCCCAUGGAUCCCACAGCCGUGACGUCAUGGAAACGCCAACGGAUACCAGGAACUGCAUGGUUAUUAACAGGGAGUUUGAUGGUCGAGCUAUAGACCCCGCCCAGAAAAACCGAAGUGUGUUCUCCUAUGACAAGAGUCAUCCACCACCAGCUGUCGUGUCUCUACCAACCCCAGCCUCUACCAAACGAGUUCCGCAACAAAUACAGAAUAGAUCUGAAGCAGAGAGACCAAUGAAAGACAUAAAUCUGCAAAAAGAAAUCAAUGGUGGCCCGAUGCUAGUCAAACAGCCGGAGAAGCUACGAGACAACAUCCCCUAUCAGGUGAAACCGUUUGAGGCACCCCAGCCACGCAGAGUUCCCCCAAUCUACCAGGCCCCACAUCCCCGCGUCUCACUACCGGACAAGUCCCCGCAGCCUUCCCCCCGUGGAUCCGACAGCCGUGACGUCAUGGAAACGCCAACGUAUACCAAGAACUACAUGGUUAUUAACAGGGAGUUUGAUGGUCGAGCUGUGGACCCCGUCUCUGGAAGGCUGUAUGAGUACAACACACGGACAAACGAACGUCGCUGGGUGCACACACCCGACGGUCAUGAGGUCAAGCUGACCCGAGAUGAAGAUUAGCGCGCAGUAGUUCAUGUUUGACAUUUACUGAGAGUUCAGCACAAAUUUUCAGAAAUUAUGGUGUGAGGCUGAUAAUUCCUGAGGGUUAUUCACUGGUGUUAUUUUUGUAUUUUUUGUACUUUAAUGUUCUCAAACAACUAUCACAAAAAAUUACAAUAAUGUUUAUUAAAAAU